AUUGGCUCUAAAUCAUAAUUUGUGUGGAAAAAUCCAUCCGUGCAGAGUGGAGUCGAGUUUGUUUUUCACUGAAUUUUCAUCCUUUGAAGCUGAAUUCAGCUCUAAGAAGCCGCUAUUACCUCGUUAAAGACCUGAACUUGAAGACUGAGUUGUCGAUUUGUUCGCUCAUGUCAUAACGAGAGCGACAAAGUGCUUCAAGUUUAUUCUUUAAAGUAUAGACCCGGGAGUCGAGAGUGAGUGGAAAUAUGGCGGACACAGAGGAAAGUUUGUAUAAACCGUCUCGACAUCGAAGGGAUAGAACCGAAAGAUCCCAUAGAAGGCGGAUGGCAGACGGCCGAGAUACAAGUACUGGAAAUACAGAUCUUAACUCUAGCAAUCUAGGCGACAGCGGCGAAGUAAACGAACAGUUACUAAGCCCUGAAAGUGCAGAGCGAGAAGUUUCGCCUCGUAUAAAAGAUAAAAGRAGAUCGAAAUCUAAAGAUGAACCCGAAGCUAAUGCCUCAGAAGAAGCACCAACAGAACCUGCAGCCGAGACAGGAGAAUCUCCUGGAAGAACGCGAAUAAAGAAAGAGAAAAAGAGCGAAAAUAGCGCUAGAAAAAGACGGGAAAAGAAAAAUCUUCGGGAAAAGCGUCGGUCAACUGGUGUAGUUAUUAUGCCGACUGGCGAGAGUGAUGAUGAAGAUAACGAAGAGCAGAAGGCUAUGAAGGCUUACACAAAACAGAACGAACUUCUGGUUCCUGGUGCAGAACCUGAUGAUAUAGUCGUGGCAAAUGCCAAAGGUGUUCCAAACAUAAGGAUAGAAGAUAAAGUGAAGAAUGAUAUUGAUACUAUASCACAACAGAAGCUGUCGGAAAAGGUAGAAGAAUAUGAAUUGCAGAUUGACGAUUUCAAGGCUAAGCUUGAGCGAGCCAAUAAGGAUUUGGAACAGUUGAGACUCGAUAACCAGCGACUUAAAGAUGAGAAUAGCGCAUUACUACGUGUAGUCAAUCAAUUAUCUACCAAGAAAAAAUGAGCCGACCAAUGUAAUUAUAACUGAUGCUUGUUGCUGUAGGUUAGUUGUUAUUACAGUAUGUCAGAUAGUAUAUAACCAUGCAUAUGGACGAUUUGCAAGAUAAUAUUUACUAUGCCGAGGAGUUCCUGACAAUCCCUAUCUCUAUGCAUACCAUAUAAGAAAAGUGGGUGGGGUUGUCAAUGAAUUAUAAUAAAUUCUCCUUACUCGUUACUUUAGUAAAAGAAUAGAACGAUAUAGGAGAAUUUACGCCUUCAUCAUAAUCUUCUGUCACAGAAUAUCUUGUGAUGCAUUGUKCCAAGAGCAGCUGCCAUGGUGCUGAAGAUGUUCAUAAAUUAAUAAUUCUCAGUGUUCCUUGAGUAUGGUGCUAAUUCUUGACCAGGUUAAUCUUUGCCUUCUUUAGGAGACUAAUCAUGAGUUUUGUGGCUAAAAAUAAUGGCUGCUCAAAAGACAAUGCCUGGCCAAAGUUARUACUUAUCUAGCAUUGUACCCAAGCUAGACCACAAUGCAACACCWCUUAGGCCUGYCAACUUGACCAUUCACAUUGAUAGRUCACAUGUCGAUCAGUCCAAUUAGGCAAAUCAUCAUGUCUSGCCACUGAGCAACUGUCAUUUUCAGCCCUGCUUGAAUUAUGUAGUACUAGCAUGAAAUGUGGCAAUAAAUUUGGAAUUUCACCUUCCUGAAGUCCAAAGAAAAUGGUAGCAAUCUCUUGGUGCAUAGGAUUGUUGGACAGGAAUUGGGGUGACACAUGUUUCAUGGUAGUGGUUCAUGAUUUGAGUCCCACAAUCAACAAAUCCAAAGUCUUCCUUUCAACUUCAGAAGGCAUUUUUUUUUAUUUAUCAGACYGUGCUAACUGUAAAACAGACCAAAGGCAAGAAUAGUAUCUGUGUGGAACAGAGAAGGUUUACAUAAGCGUAAAAAAAAUCAUACUUGGAAUCAAUCUAAUGGUUCUGUCUGUUAGAGGGAUUCUUUUUCUUUACGCUCUUUCAAAAGCUCUCUUAGGUAAAAAGCCAGGCUAAAGUAGCAAUACAGUACUCUGCUGAUAUUUUUCUAAACAGAAAUGGAAACUUCRAAAUUGGUUUACCCAAUAAGGCUGCCACCUUAGUAUACCUUGAAAACUCCAAGAACUCUCAUAAGAUAAGGCUGUUUAAAUACUGAAUUCUGCUUUUUAAAAGAGUAUAUUUUUGUAUUCUCCCAAAAAUUGGACUAAAACAUUAGGAUGGUCACUUAAAAAAAGUGGKUUUUUUAAAUUUUAAUAAUUGGAAAUUAAUGGCGGGCACUUGGCAUCCAGAAUAGGUCCACUCAGCUUAAAGAUGUAUAUCCAACGACGUAAGAAGAAAAUAGGUUUGACAAUACUUCGUUCUAACAAGCUAAAUUCCAAUUCAAUCUAUAG